AGUCGACCAGCCAGUGUUGUGCAGGCAACUGUGCGAACAUUGAUUAGUUGUGCUAUAAACGGAAGAGAUGCAGUUAUUGGGUGUUGGGAGAAGAAGAUGAUGAGAGGGGUGUUUGCGUUUGUGUUUGUGUGUGUGGCUGUGUUGGUGACAGUGGGGGAAUCGGAAGGAGCAGAGAAUUUGGCAGCGAAAUGCAACCUUCUGGUCCAGAAAGUGAUUCCGUGCAUGAACUAUGCGACGGGGCAGGCGGCGGUUCCGACGAAGGGUUGCUGCGAGGCGACGUCGGAGAUAAAGACGAGCAAUCCGGAGUGCUUGUGCUUCGCUAUCCAACAGACUCAUAAGGGCAGCCCUGAGGUGAAAAGCAUGGGCAUUCAAGAGGCCAGGCUCCUUCAGCUCCCCACUGCUUGCAACCUCAAGAAUGCCAGCACCACCAACUGUCCAAAGCUUCUGGGUCUAUCUCCAAACUCUCCGGAUGCUGCCAUCUUCAGGAAUGCUUCGUCGAGAAGCAAUUCGUCUUCCACGGUGGGAACCACAACCACAACUGCGACCACAACAGCGGUGUCUGAGAACCAGAAAGCCUCUAAAGGAAACAUGCUUAGACCUGCACUCAUGUCAGACCUAAUAGCAGUGGUCAUGCUUUCUAUUGCUUCUGCUGUCAACAUUUACUCUUCAUAUUAAUGAAGGUAGCGGUGGUAGUUGUUUUCUUAUUAAUUAUACUAUUAUCAUAACCGCUUAGUCAUGGGUGACCAUAUAUGGACUUUAAUUUGGCGGUUGCACCAUAUGCUGGAAUUAAUUCACUAUCUGCAACCUGUUACCACUUACUAUAUGUUACUGUUAUGUUGUCUAGGACUAGUAUUUUCGGACCCUGACCCUGAGUCGUGUCGUGUCUUAAUUAUCUUUCUGUAUUGUGUCUGUGGUGUGAAGUAGUGUUUGUGUGUGGCCCAUAAAGGACUGUAUGUAACACCAUGCUAGAUGGAUCUCUUUUCUUUCGCAAUCUACCUCUUUCGUUUUGUUCUUUUUA